GUCGGGUACCUUUUUAUUUUAAAGGGAACAUCAAGGUUGUCGAGUAGGUUCCAAGAAGGGAGAGCAGGAUCUGGUGUGGGAAGUGCCGUGUGCCUGAUGGUGCCAGUGGAGGACCAGCGCUUGCUAUCCCCCUCGUCCCUCCAUGACCUCUCCCCGUGGACCCUGACCCAUUAGCACCCUGUCCCCUCCUCCUCCCACCCCUCCCUUGGCCCGCCCAGCCCCGCCCGCCCCAGCCCCGCCUCCCCUCUCCACCGAUCCCCCUGUCCCUCAUGCUUUGGACACAAGCACCACACAGACUGUCCAAUGACUGCCUGGAUCAUCCUGCCUGUGAGCCUAUCUGCUUUCUCCAUCACAGGAAUAUGGAUAGUUUAUGCUAUGGCAGUGAUGAAUCAUCACGUUUGUCCUGUAGAGAACUGGACUUACAAUGUGACGUGCACAGAGGAGACGGCCAAGCCAGGAUUCCCCAAAACAUGCUGCACCCUACAGGACAUCCCCCUCAUCAGUAAGUGCGGGUCCUUUCCCCCGGAGAGCUGUCUGUUCAGCCUGAUUGGCAACGUGGGCGCCUUCAUGGUGGUGAUGGUGUGUCUGCUCCGCUAUGCCCAGGUGAUUGAGCACAGCCACUGCUGCUGGACCAACACCAGUGCCCUGGUGUCUGGCUGCACCAACGCUCUGGGCCUGGUCAUGGUGGGGAACUUCCAGGUGGACCACGCCAAAACGCUGCACUACGUUGGGGCGGGCGUGGCCUUCCCCGCCGGCCUGCUGUUCGUGUGCCUGCAGUGCGUGCUGACGUACCGCGUGGCCCUCACCGCCCUGGACUACUGGAUGGCACACGUCCGCGUCGCCCUGGCUGCUGGAGCCCUCAUCUCCCUGGUCCUCAGUGGCAUCUUCUUCAUCCACGAGAGCUUUGUGCUGCAGCACGCGGCGGCCAUCUGUGAGUGGGUGUUCACCGUCGACAUCCUCAUCUUCUACGGGACAUUCACCUACGAGUUUGGCGCUGUGAACAACGACACCAUGAUGGUGGCCCUGCAGCACAGCCGGCACCGGGCGGCGGGGGUCAUUAUCGGGGGUGCAGCGGGCCGGGGCGGGGCCUUGGGCAGCGGCACCAAGAGCCUGAAGUCGCCUGGGGGUAGCAGCACCUCCACCCACCUCAACUGCACCCCAGAGAGCAUCGCUAUGCUGUAGCUACACCCACCUCAACUGCACCCCAGAGAGCAUCGCUAUGCUGUAGCUACACCCACCUCAACUUGCACCCUGGCCAUUGUGUAUUGCCACCCACUCCACCUGCUGUAGCCCUGCUCACCCCCCCCCCCCCUUAGUGUCCCAGGCUCUCAGACUGGCCCAAUCUGUUGAGGCCUAUGGACUGUAUGCUGUAUGGUCAGGGGGGGGGGUGUCUCUGGGGGGUGCCACAGUGGGGGAUGGCACUUCUUACUGGAGCAGAUUAGAUUGGGUGGUCUAGGUGCAUACAUCAUUCAUCUACCCUGCUCUCCACCUCUCCUGUUCAUUAAGCAGGUGCUGUUUGAAACGGUUUAUAUUUUUAAGGCAUUGGGGAGGUUGUACAGACAGAGGCUCCUCCCAUUCUGUACACGUACACAGAUGUUUUUAUAUUUCAGUUGUUGUUUUUUAAAUUUUAUUUCUAUUUAUGUUUUUUUUAAUGUCUUUAUUUGGCGCAACCGAACUUUGGCGCAUAGGCCAUGUGAAUCGUGACACUGUAUGAGAAGUUACUGUAAAAAAACGAAAAAGGAGAGAACGCUGUUAUGGAAGGUAUGUGUAUAUAAAUGUCCUUCCCCCAUUAAGAAGGUUAUUAUGGGCUUGCAGUUGCAGCAGUAGAACUGCCGCCAUUUUGUGUCUCGAUUGGAUCUGCUGUUCUCCCAGUUACUGAACAGGACCUCUGAGUAUGUUUAAGGACAACCCGAAACGGAAGUUUUGCCCUUUUCCAUCCACUAAACAAGAUUUUAUGUUAUCGUGCACCAGCAGGCGUGUCUGUCAUUCGAAUGUCAGUAAAAUGUUCCGUUCUCCUCCAAGCAAUAUCCUUUUCACGCAACAGAGCGCAUCCUCAUUUGACUCUCCCCCCCCCCCCCCCCCCCCCCUUCAUUUGACAUCCGUCAAAUCGACUCUCCGCCCCCUUCAGAAAACUCCCACCGAAAGAUUUCACUCAUGUAUGUGUCAUCCCUUCUGUUUCAGCUUGUCUUUAAGAGCCAUACAGAAUGAUACCCAUUUGAUGAUGUGUUUAGUGUUGUGUGCUGGCCGCUUCGGGCUAUGAAUGGUUGAGUUUCGGUUGGACCCUUUGAGGGGUCUGCUAAUCACACAAGACUAUGGGCUCAUUCCAGUCGCUUAUUUUAUCCGUCCCUGUCUCCUAGGUCCCCACCUGACCCGUAAGUCGAUCGAGGUCCGCCAUCUUUACGGACUUCAUAUGUUAAAUGCUCCGUUGAAGGAGCUUGGAGGCUCUUGGAGGGUGAUUGAGUGAGGACACACAAGUGCGUCCCUUUGUGGAAGUUUAAUGUAAUUGACGUCUGCAGUGUUUGCAAUUGACGUGGCUUCAAAUGAAUACUUGGCUGAGCACAGGCGCUCUGUUUGCCGAAUACACGUUUCCUCGAUUGCUCUGUCCUUGUCCAUCCUCGCGUUCUCUAUUGGGUGCAGCAAAGGAGCGAGGGAAGGAUGCUCGGAGGUAAAAUAAGGUAUUGGAAUUGGCCCUGUUUUAUGUAGAUAAUGCGGACCUGUUCGCUCUCUUUAAAAAAAAAAAGAGAAAAUUUUUUAGCCCCAAAUUUCCUCUUUUAAGCUGGGAGUUAAGUAAACGCUGACGGUUAUUGUGACUGUGAUGUCUGUCUCAUGAGCUUUUACUUUGGCUUUGUUGCCAUCUUCAGUGUUUUCCACAGCAAGUCUUUCAGCUGCAAAGUAAAUGUUGGAGUGAGAAGUGUGAGAAUGUCUGUCAACUGCCCUGUCAGUUGACUUGUAGGCUGUCUGUAAAGUGACUUCCUGUAGACGGUUUGUCUGUGGACACUGUAAAGUGAUUGUCUGUAGUGUGUGUGAGAUGCUUUUUGUAGCACAGUCAGACUGAGUUCAUAGCCUGUUAAAGUUGGUGUGUGUGUAUGUGCUUGGGGUGGGACGGUAUGACAUUUUAUUGCUUCCUUUCAUGGAAAUGUUCCGAAUUUGCAGACCUUUGCUCUGAAUUUUCUUCAUAUCCCAAAAUAUUUCCAUAUGCCAGACUUUUUGUUGUUGGAGGAAAUGGUUCCAGCAUCCCAACCUCACUGCCUCCUGUCAAGGUGUUAACAUAGGUAGCUAGUCUGUUGGACAUUUACUCUCCUGUCUAUGGUUCAGUGCUCCCCACCCAGCUAUCUACAUCAGCUCACUGUCGCUGACAGUGGGGUAGAUUUGUGAAGUCGAUGUGAGAGGCACUCCCCUUUCUGGCUAUCCAAAAUAUAUCCACUUAUGAAGAUGAGAAGACUGUAGGCCUACUGUUCAUGCUGGAUUAUAUUUGAACUUUUUUCAGUGUUUGCUGUAAUUAUGUACAAUGGUGUGCAAAAAUUUGAAUUAUAUUCACCUUACUCAUUGAAGCCCUAACGAGUAAAUCACCUGGGCCUGGGCCUUAGUAAUCCUUUUCCCUUAUACUUUUUUAAAAUAAUGUAUAAACGGUAAAAAAUGGAAAUGAAAAGCAAUCUUUCUUUAAAAUUUGCGGAAAGGUCUCAUGAUUAACUCUGUACCAUUUAGAGUUCAGGUUUGCUUGUACAGAUUAAUUGUAACAGACAUUUAAACCAGGGGUGCCCAAAUUUUUGCACCUUGCUGUAUGCAGCGGUGAACUUUAUAUUGCGAAGCUGGUAACCGUCCCAUCCCUCAUGUAUGGGUGCAUGCAUGAGUGUGAGUGCUCUUCAUUUUUUAAUUUUUUAUAAUUAAUUUUAAACCGCUCUCUGGCCUUUUGCUUGUUCAUACUGGUUUCGUCCUUACGACACGGUAAAGUCGUGCUGCAGUACAGGUGCCCCGUGAGAAGGAAAGCCCUGGCUGAUGUAACACAAUGCUGGACAAUCUUAAGUACCCUGUCGCUGUGAAAGCCAUAGGUCUGAUCCCUGCACAUUCCACAUGCCAUAUUGCCCUCGAACAAACUGUCCCCUGACCGCGCACGUGAUGUCUGUUACAGUGGGGCGCUUCGUGCCAAUCCAGUGUAGACGAUUAACUAUGACGUGGCCAAUAAUAUUUUUAUACAUACUCAAAAACACUGGAGUGGCAUUCGCUUACUGAAACCUAAAUGAAGGCACCAUGACGUCAGUACUGAUGAUAAACGAUGUUGCUGGAUCUAUAAAUGCACCGAUUAUUAAUCUGUUCUUCGAAUCUGUGCACCUGUGCACCUGUGCGUAGCAUAGUAAAGUAAGCAGAGUAAAGGAAAGGCUUUGUGUAAAAGAACGGUCUUUCUAGACUGUCAAUGUAAUGUUGCCAAUGCGGUGUAGAUGGAAGGGCGUUUUUCGUUAAAUGAAAUUUUUGCCUGUACCUCAUUUAAGUUUGUGACUUCAACUGGGAGUUUGAAGAAAAGUGUCCGAGUUCAUGUUCAUGGGUGCGUUUGAUUUUUUUCAUCGACUGGGUUAUAUUCUCCUACAUCAAGGUAAAUCAGUGCUAAAUGCUGGAAUUUGCAUUUUUAUGUUUUAUAAUUAUUUGUAUAAUUUAGUAGCAGUUUGGUUAAGUCAUUUUUUUCUGUUGUCUGAAAUUUAUAUUCAAAAGAUAAAUGAAAUAAAUUAAAUACAUAAAUGAUAA